AUGUCUCUGAGAAUUCAAGAUUUCUUGAGGACCAAUUGUACGUGUCCCAACAACUUUGACUGUUAUCGUCCUUUUGGGUAAUUUUUUGCAUUAAUGAUUUUUUAAAAUGUCCUUUUUAAGGUAUCUGGAACCCCUUAUAUGCUUGGAUUCUAAUUAUAAUGUUGGAAAGACGCUCGAUGAAAAUUGUUUCUUGAACUUCUCCAUCAAAUUCUGGCCCUUGGCUAGCUUAAUCCUUGGAAUAGUUGCUUUCUUCUUCACUGUAAGAUCAAAUUCAAUAUAUCAUUUUAUACCGAUUUUAGCUUCUAAUCCUCAUUUGCUCAGGAUUAAUUGGGGUCCGUGUGAACAAAUGUUGUCAAUGUCGUAGCAAGGUCAUUGAGGAGAUCGAUAUCAACGAAUAA